GCACCGGAAGUGGCCGGACCCAAAGCCGAGGGACCUGGCGGAGCGGAAGUCACUCCUGAGGCAGUGGCGACAGCGGCGGCGAGAGGAUGAACAACAAGUUCGACGCCUUGAAAGAUGAUGACAGUGGGGACCAUGAUCAGAAUGAAGAAAACAGCACACAGAAAGAUGGUGAGAAGGAAAAAAUGGAACGAGACAAGAGUCAGAGUAGCAACAAGAGGAAGGCUGUUGUCCCUGGACCAGCAGAGCAUCCCCUGCAGUACAACUACACUUUCUGGUAUUCCAGGAGAACCCCUGGCCGUCCUACCAGCUCACAGAGCUAUGAACAGAAUAUCAAACAGAUUGGCACCUUUGCCUCAGUGGAGCAGUUCUGGAGGUUUUAUAGCCACAUGGUACGUCCCGGGGACCUGACAGGCCACAGUGACUUCCAUCUCUUCAAAGAAGGAAUAAAACCCAUGUGGGAGGAUGAUGCAAAUAAAAAUGGUGGCAAGUGGAUUAUUCGGCUGCGGAAGGGCUUGGCUUCCCGGUGCUGGGAGAAUCUCAUCCUGGCCAUGUUGGGGGAGCAGUUCAUGGUUGGAGAGGAGAUCUGUGGUGCUGUGGUCUCUGUCCGCUUUCAGGAGGACAUUAUUUCAAUAUGGAAUAAGACUGCCAGUGACCAAGCAACCACAGCCCGAAUCCGGGAUACACUUCGUCGAGUGCUUAACCUACCUCCCAACACCAUUAUGGAAUACAAAACUCACACCGACAGCAUCAAGGCCUGGGAGGAGUUUCAUGGCCUGGUGAACAGCAGCGGCCGCUGAUCGGACGCUCCCCCUCUGUCUCUCACACUCAGGGGACAAUUCAAGCUUUCGAAAUACAAAAAUCACAUUGUGAAAGUACACAAGCUGGCAAUAAUCCUUUUCUGUAUGUGUGUGUUUGUCCGAAAUGGAUGGCAGGCCUCCAGCCAGUCCUUCCAUCUGCUUACUGAAGGGACGUCCCUGAGCCGCGUGCUCCCUUUUGCACUCAUUUCUGGAGGACGGAUUCCGCUAGACACCCUCCAGCAUCGCUGACUUUAUAAAGCGGAAAAAGAGAAAACGUGACUUUGUAAUAGACAAACAUUGUUUUUUAAUGGGGUUCUGUGGGGGGAGUUUAGCCUUCGGUUUUGCUGUGUGCUGUCCAGAUGCCUCUCGGUAUCCUAUUGUGCUCUUCUCAUGCUGGAUGAAGGGCAUCAUGACCACGUGUACAUGCCAGAGCCGUCGAUGAGGGGGAUCAGUAUUAUGAAUGUCUGUGCAUCCAGGAAAAGCUUUCUGUUGGAGAGUCCCGGAAUAGCUGUAUAUGCUCUCUUGUAGCUCUGCCAUUAAAUUAUUGGGACAUUUUGUUUCCUUCUCUCCCCCCUUCCCCCAUGCCCACCACUUUCUGAAAAUGUGUUACUGAUGUGAUGACUCUUCAGGAUUUUGUAUCAUCUGCCUUAUGCCCUCCAGUCGCCCUUCCUGUGGGACUUUCUCCUUCUCAGGCACUCCUGCACUUAGAAUUGUAAUCCAGUGGGUCAUGCUAGUUUCACUGAGGCAUCUUAGAGUAUAUGCUUUGGUAAAUUAAGCUGAAGCAGAAUCCAGUUAGAUUAGGAGCUAGAUUGUAAUGUAGUUUACAAGUGCAGGAUUUGGAGGUGAGGGCAGUGACUGAAAUCAUUUUCCCAGAAGAGCAGGGCCUGUGUGUCAAGUCUGUUUCUGUGGGUUCUUUCAUGUCCCUUAUUGAGGAAGGGAAGCAAAAGCUGGUUAUUGCCAGGUGUUGAUAUUUAAUAUGUUAAUUCUAUGAUCCCGAAACUGGGACAUUUGAAGAAAAGGUGACCUUGCUGGAUGGCUAUAUUUGCAUGGCUGUGCCUGUCUGUGGUGGUUGGAAAACCCUACUUUCAGUCUUCAUCACCUGGUAUGUAUGUUAGCAAAUGUGUGCUGAUCCAUAAUGCCCAGACAGAAACCUUGAAGGCGACUGCACGCAUGCUUAAAAAUGACCAGUCACUCAUCAGAGAAGCAAAGUAGUCUGACUCCAGAAGGACUGAAGAGAAUCAAAAGAGCACCUAGGAUUCAAAUAAGUAAUGAGUAAGAGUCCUACAGCAGCCUCCAAUGAGCACUGUCUUACUUGGCUCUUGUGAGCAAAGAUUGCAGUACCUUAAAUUAAGGCCUCUCUUUAAAACAUAUCCUUGAAGGCCAGGGGGAUCCUUAGCCACCUGGUCUCAGAGAAAUCAUGUGAGAGUAACAUGAAUUUCCUUAUCAUAUUUAUGUUACUCUCUUCCUACUUUCCAACUCCUGAACAUGCUCUAAUUACCACUGUUUGGGGAUGCUUUUCCCUGAAAGAACAGGGGAAGUACAGAGGCCAAAAGGGAGGUGCUUCCGUUACAGGUUAAGUUAGAUAAGAAGAUCUAGCAGUGAUUGGAACUCCAGGAAUAUGAGGAAUGCUUUCUGGUGUCCAGACAAUUGUGAAGGGCUCAGGAAAAUACAGGAGCAACACUGGCGACAGCAGGGAGGAAAGGCUGCCUCCUGAGAUUUGUUCAGAGCCCGGGGAGAUCUUCACUUUUGCCUAAACUCAGAUUUGCCAUGAAAAUUCCAAAGAAAGCAGACAUUUGGAUUUGCCCUCCUUUGGGCAUCUAUCUGACUGUUGUGCAUACGUAUAGGUGCAUAUGUGUACAAUGUGUUGAUGAGUGAUGGUUUGGUCAGGCCUGGUGGGUAGGUGUGUUGUCCAUAAUUUUGCUUUUUUGGGGGGUGGUUCUCAUUUGUUCAGAUUUUUGCAUCUCUUAUGUUUUCUAGAACUGCUCAUGUUUCUCCUUCGUCUUUGUCUUUGUAGUAUUUGAUGGUUAUUUUUUUCCCAGCAAAAAUAUGCUGGGAGAACCCAGUGUUCUCCCAGAACAAUUUAUCCAAACCACCCAUUUUUUCCAAACUAGCUUGAGAGGUCUUUUCAUUUAUUUUGACUUAAACAGGCUGAGCUGUAACACUUUUAUGGCUAUGGUAUCACCUGUUCUAGAGACAAAGGGAAAAAAGGCCUGCCAGGGCCAACAUAACCAGUGUGGUGGGUUGCUGCCGGAGAAUGGGAAGUAGGUCUCUACUUGGCACAGUUGGGGCUGUUCUCCCCUGACCUGUUUGCUGGGUUCUCUGUUUGAAAUUGGCCCUUACUUCUCUCCAGGGCUCACCAAUCACAUUGUAUCCUUCUGUUUGCGCACACGUGCGUGUGUGUGUGUGUGUGUGCGUGUGUGUGUGCAUGCGUGUGUGUGUGUGUGUGUGUGUGUUCCCUGUGACAGUGGCAGUGGCAAUAAUUUUCCACCCAGAGAGAAGCUUGUGGUCCGUGAUGCUCCAAGAAUGAAUUUCCAAGUGUUUGCCAGUGGAGAAGGAGCAGAGGCUGUGACAAGAGUGUUUGGUGUUGCACUUUCAGAGCAGUUGUCUACUGCAGAAAUAAAUGGAAAAUAUCAGCAAGAA